GCAUAACUGGCAACUGUCUGAGACCGAGCGUGGAUUUCCUUACAGUGGAAAUCUGGCAGCCCUGGAUCGAGUGACGUCAAAUUUGGCCUUUUGAAACUUGAAGCAGAAUAUUGUACCAAGAAACAUGGAUGAGUGUAACCUUAAUCGAAAGUCAUCGAGGUGGUACUUCAUGACAGAACUUGGAAUUACAGAGUACGACCUUACUGCUGAAAAUGCUCUUCAGGAGGAAUCCCACGAGGUCAAUAGUACCAUCAAAUCAGAAAGCUCCUUGCCGAGUUACUCCCCACACAGUAAUGAAACUCCUAAGAAGGCCCCAACAGGAUCACGUAUCUUUGGGCCGCAGAAGAACAAUGCAAGUGAACAACAGAAGAAGAAAGGUCUUCUGGAUAGGAUCACUUUCUUAGUAAGUGGAGGAGAAGUGACUCCCAUGAUAAACGGAGUCCCGCAAGGAUAUUCACCAACGGGCAGCACUGAGUCCAUCAGCCAGGGACUGCAUGCUCGCAAACCUGCUACAGGAGGUGAUGGUUCUCAUCAAUCUCGAGACCUUGUGGUACUCGCGGAGAAUGCAUCUUUGGGCCGCAGAAGAACAAUAAUGCAAGUGAGCAACAGGAGAAGAAAGUCCCUUCAGGUCCUCUGGAUAGGAUCUCUUUCUUGGCCAAUAGUACCAUCAAAUCAGAAAGCUCCUCGCCGAGUUAUUCCCCACACGGUAAUGAAACUCCUAAGACAGCCCCAACAGGAGCAUGCAUCAUUGGGCUGCAGAAGAACAAUGCAAGUGGGCAACAGGAGGAGAAAGUCCCUUCAGGUCUUCUGGAUAGGGUCACUUUCUUGGUAAGUGGAGGAGAAUCGAUUCCCAUGAUAGACGGAGUCCGGCAAAGAUAUUCGCCGGUGUUCACAAGAGUCUUUCGACCAAUGAGAACAAGCGAGUCCAUCAGCUACUCCCAGCAUAGCCAGCGACUGCAUGCUCGCAAACCUUCCGCUAAAGGUGUUGGGUCUCACCAUUCUCGUGACCCUGGUAGUAGUAGGACUCGCGGAGAAUGUUCCGUAGAAGUGAGUUACAGACCUCGCCCUGGUCGCGUGUCUUCUGCUGGUGGUCGUCGUGACACCACGAAGGCACUGGAAGUAAUCGUGUUGUCUGAUUAUGAUAGCGACGACCACAUUCAAGAAGUUCCUGUAGAUAGGAAGGUGCAACUGAGGGAUCGCAAACUCUCAAAUUUCCACCGCACGAAUAUCAAAAGUAAAAUAUUUCCCAAGUACUAACAGUUUCGUUACCCAGCGCGAUUGAAACACCUUCCUUUGCUAGUGCAUACGUCUGUUAUAGUCUCAAAGACACUGUUCUCAUUUUAUUUUAUAUAUAUGAAGGAAGAAAAAGCAUGUUUUUUUUUUUCUAAGGAAUGAAUACUGAUCAAGCUGAUUCAACUCUGUGGUAAAUGGUAGAAUGUAAAUCAGCAGUCUUUAGAAACCAGGAACGCUUAUCGAGUAUAUAUAUAUAUAUAUA